AUGCCUGGAGAAAAUCCCCCACCUGCUCAAGGCUCCAAGUCGAAGAAGAACAAGAAGAAGGGCGCGAGAGCCAAGGAGAACCCCCAAGAGGCCGAGAACGACCGUCCAGAUGUGUCGGAAAACAAAGACGAUGCCGGUCAGGACGACCCCGAUGAACCGGCCGAUUCAAUAGCAACAACCCCCGAUGCCGACGGUGCUCAACCCGGUGUCACCGACAGUGGCGCGCAAAACCAACAUUCCGAGAACCAGAAACCCACCGGCGCUGCUGCUCAAGAGACUCGCGACCCCGCCUUCAACGACGCCGAGCCCAAAGACCGCUUCGAUGCGCUUGUUCGAGACCGAGACUCCCUCCGUGCCGAAGUCAUCGAUAUGCGCAAGUCCCUCGAAGAGAUCCAAUCCAGACACAAGACAGACAUGGAGUCUCUGCAACUGAAGUUGGAAGACUCGGAGACCAAGAAGGAACAAGCAGAAACGCAAUUCCAGAACCUCCUGGAGCGCGUGAAUACAAUUAAGUCCCAGCUCGGGCAACGGAUGAAGGAGGAUGCUGAAGAAUUGGCUCAAGCUCGAUCCCAGAUCGAAGAACUGGAGGAUGAAAACGUAAACCUGAAAGAGCAGCUCGAAUCAAAGUCUACGGAACUAGCAGGCCUCUCAGAAGAGUCGGCCCGGCAAUCCAAGGAGAUCUCCACCCUUCGGGAUCGUACGAACUUAUCUCAGCAAAACUGGCUCAAGGAAAAGGAGGAACUGAUGGAGCAGGAGUCGUACCUUCAAGCCGAGUUUGAACAGGCAAAGGAGGCCAUGCACAGCUGGGAAGUCCUUGCAAUGGAGGAACGAUCGAUUCGUGAGAAUCUAGGCGAGAAAGUCGCCGACCUAGAAGAGCAGCUUGGUAAUCUCCGGGACGCCUAUGAAAAAGCUUCGAAUGAACGUGACAGCCAGCAGUCGACCGUUGACGGUUUGCAAAGGGCUUUGCAGGAGAUUCAAACGGCACGAAAACAGGAGCUUCGGGAGCUGGUGGAGAGCUCUGACUCUCAGCUUGAAGAGUUGAGGCGAUCCCUACGGGAUGCGCAGCAACAAGCUAGCGACGCCGACAAGAAUCUCCACGCCGCACAGGAAGAAUUGGAACGGGCGCGUCCGUUCGAGAAGGAGGUCAAGGAGAAGAAUCUUCUCAUUGGCAAGCUGCGACACGAAGCAGUCACCCUCAAUGACCAUUUGACGAAGGCCUUGCGAUUCCUGAAGAAGGGAAAGCCAGAAGACAACGUGGACCGACACAUUGUCACGAAUCAUUUGCUACAUUUCCUGGCCCUGGAUCGAUCGGAUCCAAAGAAGUUUCAAAUUCUCCAGCUGAUUGCAGCUCUACUGGGUUGGGACGAUGAACAACGUGAACAGGCAGGGUUGGCCCGACCGGGAACUUCGAGCAUGCCAGGGAAGCUUCGCGUGCCCGGUACUCCUCUACGUACACCCAGCACGCCGAACCUGGCCACCGAGUUCAUGGACAACGGAGCAUCGAGCAAGGAGUCGUUGGCCGAACUGUGGUCUAAUUUCCUGGAGCAGGAAGCAGAGGCCGGGAACAUGAAUUCGAUGAGACGAGGGAGUCAUCCCGGCCCCAUGAAGUCAUAG